AUGAGCACGAUCUCGGAUGACGAUGAUGGCGUUCCGAUUUCUCCAAACUUUCCUCGGUGUACAGAUGUUACAGAUGAAUGCAACGAAUCGUCGCUAGAGGCAUCCAACCCAAAGAGACAAAAGUUGGAAGGCAACCAUUUUGAACUAGUUCAACAAAAAUUUCUUGAGAGAAAUGAGAUCAGAAAAUCGCCACUGCCUUACAUUGGAAUGAUUGCAGAAGCCAUUAAUUCAAGUCCUGACAAAAAGAUGGUAUUAUCGGAAAUAUACGCGUACAUGGAGCAGCAUUUCUUUCAAUACCUUUCCGGGAAACCUAGAUGGCGAAAUACGGUGAGACAUAACCUGUCGUUUCACAAUUGUUUUGUGAAAUGCGAGUGCUCGCGUCGAGGAAACCGUAGUCACUUUUGGAGCAUCCAUCCGGAAUAUAUCGAACAAUUCAAACGCGGUAACUUCACCAAAACGUUGAGUCCACCACGAGAGCAAAUAAACGUGAGCCCCUAUGCACCAGAGCAGCAGAUAUUAUGUAGAAAUUCACAUGAGAAUUAUCAUCGGUUCUUGCCAAAUUCAGGAUAUGAGAACUAUCUUCAUUAUGAUACUAUUCCACGACAAAAUCCAAACACCCUUUAUCACGUAAUUGCACCAUCGACAAGUAAUGCAAGUCACCCACAUCGUGAAAUACGGUCCCUCCCAGUGGUACAAACCAGCUCUUCGAGAGGUAAUGACUUUUACUCCAUUUUUAAGCUUAAAGUAGUGCAAAUGGACUACAUAACACGAAUAUAUGGGUUUCAAUCAAGUGUCUGUAUGGUGACACACAUUGUGGCCAAUUAGCCUUUUCUCGCGGCCGAUUCUUCCGCCCAUUUGGGGGUGCUGCCUCUCCCUCGUUUGAGGGUCUCCACACCACGAAAUACAACUUUUUAUAGAAUUGUAGUUUUUUAUAUAAUGGUAUAAAUUUACAGUUUCAACUUUUAAAAAGUCGCUUUUCACGUUGUUUGAAUUGUCUAGAAUCAUUCACGAGGGCAGACAGUACCCCCACAAACUUUAGCUUUCGAAUUUUAGCCUUCGUGAGACAUGAUACUAAAUGUUUCUAAAUGUUUCUAUAUUAUACAUUUUUCAAAAUUAUACUAAAUGUUUCCAUAUUAUACAUGCAUGUAUGUUCUGCCAAAGACAAGGUCAAUCUAAUCACCCUGGUGACUGUCUUUCUUUUUAGACUUUAUCAUCAUUAUCUGCUCUACCCCACUUAAUUAGUAAAACCGGUUAGGGUGGGAUAAACGCAAUUUUAGGUCUUUCAGUAUAAAAUUCAUGGUUUUGCCUAAGAUUGUAAUGAUGACUUGUAUCUUUUGCUGUAGGUAUCCUCUCUCAUAUUCCAGGACAGGUUCAUGAAGAGAGUCAGAGGUUCUACCCAAUAGAUCAUGCAGUAUUACCAGCCUACCAGUACCGACAUCUCAUUCCCCUGCCUUGGCAGUAUCAACACGUGUCUGAGACAACACGUUCAAAUCACAACGUGUAUCCAAAUUCUAGAAGCAAAGCACCCCCAAACACUUCAAAUACGAAAAGUUAA